UCCUCUAUGCAGGAACAUUUUCUGCAAAUAAGGGGAGGGAACAUGUUAUCUUAUCCUUGACUCGACAUUCCAGUAUUUUAAUACUACUUCACAUUUUAAAUUUUUUCAAAUGGAAUCUCAUAAAUCAUUUGAUGGUUUGAAUUGGUAACUUUUUUAAUGUAAAGAGUUAUUAAAUUGAUGGUUUAUCUUUCAAUAGAUGCUAUUUUAGAAUCAGGAUGGUCAGGUUAUGUUCCAGGCUAGUACUAGGCAUUCUCCAUUGUUUAUCUCUCUCAGUUCUCACGACAACUCCAUUUCACAGGAGAGAAAAGUUUAGCCUCAGGUUACAGACCCAAUUACUACUUACUCUGGGAGAACAGGAAUUUCAGCUACAAACCCAGUGUGCUUGCCCAGCCACCCACAAGUUAGGAACAGCUGUGGGGCUCCUGUGGCUGGUAGGAGUGAGCGAUGACUGGUGUCCUGGGACUGCUUCUGAUGGUGGGCUUGUCUUUUCACACAGGAGAGGCAGUGUUAGAGUGAGCAUUGAGCUGCAAGCGGUUUCUAACCCGGUUCACAGAAAGGAUUUAGUUAUCCGUCUGACCGAUGACACUGAUCCAUUUUUCCUCUAUAACCUUGUUAUAUCUGAGGAAGAUUUUCAGAGUUUAAAAUUCCAGCAAGGUCUUCUGGUAGACUUCUUAGCUUUCCCGCAGAAAUUUAUAGAUCUGCUCCAGCAGUGUACUCAGGAACAUGCCAAGGAAAUCCCAAGGUUUCUGUUGCAGUUAGCUUCUCCAGCAGCUGUUUUGGAUAACUCUCCUGCCCUUUUAAAUGUGGUAGAGACAAAUCCUUUUAAGCAUCUUACACACCUCUCACUAAAACUUUUACCUGGAAAUGAUGUGGAAAUAAAGAAGUUUCUAGCAGGCUGUUUGAAAUGUAGCAAGGAAGAAAAAUUAUCAUUGACACAAUCACUAGAGGAUGUUACUAGGCAACUGAAUUUCACACAGAAGACAUUAUCAGAAAAAAUCCAAGAAUUGGAUAAGUUACGGAAUGAAUGGGCAUCUCACACAGCUGCACUGUCGAGUAAGCACUCUCAGGAGCUGACCAGUGAGAGGGAAAAGGCCUUGCAGGUGCAGCUUCAGUGCCAACAGCAGCAUGAGCAGCAGAAGAAAGAUUUAGAAAUCCUCUAUCAGCGAAGCACCCAGCAGCUGCAGGGCAGGCUGUCCGAGUUAGAGGCCGCCAACAAAGACCUCGCCGAAAGGAAGUACAAAGGGGACUCCACUGUCAGAGAGCUUAAAGCAAAACUGUCUGGAGCUGAGGAGGAGCUCCAGCGGGCUAAGCAAGAAGUCCUGUCUUUGCGAAGAGAGAAUUCUACGCUAGAUGCUGAAUGCCACGAAAAAGAAAAGCAUAUUAAUCAGCUACAAACAAAAGUGGCUGUUUUAGAACAGGAAAUCAAGGAUAAGGACCAGCUUGUUCUCAGAACAAAAGAAGCAUUUGAUACAAUCCAGGAACAAAAGGUGGCUUUAGAAGAACAUGGUGAAAAAAAUCAGGUGCAAAUAGGAAAACUUGAAGCAACCAUAAAGUCAUUAUCAGCGGAACUGCUUAAGGCAAAUGAAAUUAUCAAGAAGUUACAAGGAGAUCUGAAAACUUUAAUGGGUAAAUUGAAACUGAAGAAUACAGUUACCAUUCAGCAGGAGAAACUCUUGGCUGAAAAGGAAGAAAAACUGCAAAAAGAACGAAAGGAAUUACAAGAUGUUGCACAGUCUCUCCAAAAUAAAGAGCAGGAGGUAUGCAAAUUACAAGAACAGUUAGAAGCUACAGUUCAAAAACUUGAGGAAAGCAAACAGCUUCUAAAAAAUAAUGAAAAGUUAAUCACAUGGUUAAAUAAAGAACUAAAUGACAAUCAGCUAGUGAGGAAGCAGGACACGCUGGGACCUUCGGCCACUCCGCUUGUACAUUCUGGCAGCACGAUCAGAAGUGGAAUCUCUCCUAACCCUAAUGUGGUGGAUGGUAGACUCACUUACCCGACUUGUGGAAUCGGUUACCCCGUCUCCUCUGCGUUUGCUUUCCAGAGCACCUUUCCUCCCGUGCCUGCCAGAAAUGCCAUCCACCCAGUUUCAGCACCAAAGGUUCAGUUUAACUUGCAGUUCACCAAACCGAAUCCGUCACUAGAUGCUCAGGCAGGAACGGCUGUCAGUGUGCCGUGCUCGGCGGACAAGGAAAAUGGUGAAAAUUUAGGGUUAGAAUCCAAAUACCUGAAGAAAAGGGAGGACAGCAUUCCUCUGCGCGGGCUCAGCCAGAACCUCUUCAGUAAUUCGGACCAUCAGAAAGAGGGCAUGUUAGGAGCACUGCAGACAUCCUGCAAACCCACCGCGGUGCCCUCCUCCUCAGCGUACUUCCCCGGGCAGCUGCCACACAGCUAGUCCAGUGCCGCGCUGCCCCUGAGACGGUAGCGUCAGGUGGCCUGCAGUGAGCAGCACGGGACACCCCGCGAGCAGUGUCUGAGCCCACUGCCCCGUGCAGCAGCUUGUGCGUGUCACUGCCGGCGGACCGCUCAGAGGAGAUUGUGCUUGGGGACUGGAGGCUCUGAGUCAGUGCCACGCUUUAGUGUGUGACCACGGUGCUUUACAGAACAACAGCGUGACUUCUAUUAAACUCGGCCUUAGAACUUCUUACAAAUUCCAAGGCAAGAGUGGAUCUAUGUAAGGGACAUUCUAAUUAUAAGGACCAUUUGGGCAAAGUGAAACUCUGCAGAUGUAAUGGGGAGCCAGAGAAUGCUGGUCAUUUGUUCCAUCAUUUUCCUUGGUAAAAUAAAAGCUUAAAUUUGCUAAGAAUUAUGAGGAAAAAUGAUUAUCUCCUAAGACACCUGUAUUACUGAUAAUUUGCAGUAAAGGGAAAAGUCCUACAGUUGAAUUAAUCCCUCACAGCAAGUGUUUUCCUUGAAACCUUUCAGUUAGGUAUUGAAUAAGUCUAUUAAGUAAUUCUGAUAAAUUUAUUAUAAAAAUAACUUGGAUGUGUAUUUGCAUGACUAGAUUAGGUAUAAAGUGCUUUAGUCAUUUGAGCUGCAGUUUACAGAAUUUUAUUGCUUCCUGAAAGUCUAUACUUGUCCAAUUUUACUUUCAUUUGGAGUUUUGUUUUUUUAUGCAGUUAAAUUUGUAUUAGUGGAAUUUUGUUUUAAAAAUCAGUACUAUACAAAAGAGCAUCAUGAAUAUUCAUUGUACCUUUUAAUUUCAGAAUGGGUUUCUUUUAAUGUUUGCUUUAAUAAAGUAGGCAACUUUCUGUUGGUGUAA